AUGGUCGAGGAGGCUGGUUUCCAACCAAUGCUCUUGGUCACUGGCGAUGGUCCUGCGGCUGGCAUGCAAGAGCUAUUCCCUGCAUCUGACAACGAGAAGAAGUUGCAGCGCAGCUGUGACAACGCGGAGACAGUCGGUUUGUACCACCCAACCUCAACCAACAGCGCUCAGUCCAAUACCGUUGCACCAGCUGUUACCACCGUACCGCCACCCAAGACUCAGCGGGCUGGUGGAGUAUACUCAUUGCCGGCUAAUGGUCGAAAGGCCAUAGCACUCAGCCAGGCAAAACAUGAUCCCUCUUUAUCAUCAUCUUCGCGCACCAGUCUUUAUGCACCCAGAGAGGGCCAAGCUCACCGAGAGCGACUUCUGCGACAGCAGUCCACAUUUGAUCGAGGCACUUUGUUUGCGCAGAACGAAGUAGCUCUUCGAGAGCCCCGAACCACACAAGCUUCCUCCACUAUCAACGACGCUCGAGUUCCUACAGGUGCUCUGCCAGCUCAACACUAUGCAGGCUUCGCACGAGUUCCCGAGAGAUUUGCUGCAGCCGACGCUGGAGCUCUUGGUCAGUCUUUCUGGCGACACGGCUAG